AUGGAGCUCGAGCUCUCAAACGUCAACCCACUGACUUUCCUUGUCAUUGUGCAUGCUGACGUCGCUACGAUAUCGGAAAUGUCAAACUGGAGAGAAGAAUACCUCGUAUCCCUCAAGGAAUCCGAGAUAAACAACCCGCUUGAACCACACCUGACCUUUGCGGGGGACGACCCAGGUUCGCUGAUGGCAGAUCGAAUAUCUGCUUUGGAAGCUGAGCGCGCCUCACUACAAGCGCGAAUAUUGCCCUCCUCCUCCUCCUCCUCGAUAACCGGCAAGCUUACCCCCGACGCCGCUGCUCCUCGACCCGGCCAAGACGACGCCACGACGACGCAGCUGCGGCACGAUCUAGCCGAGGCGCUGCGCGCCAAGGGCGCGACCGAGACACGCUUGCGCGCCGCCGAGGAGGAGCUCGCAAAGUUGCGCGUCAAGACGAAAGAGGACGCGCGGUCGGUGCGAGAUCUCACGUCGGAGCGGACGGCGCUUACGACGCGACUCAAGGACCGAGAGUAUGAACUGCGCGAAAAGCGCAAGCUUGUCGAGGAGGUUCAAGAUGAAAUGAUUACGCUCAAUCUUCAAAUGUCCGUGGCGGAAAAGGAAAGAGACAAGGUAAAGAAGGAGAAUAAAGAGCUCGUCGAUCGCUGGAUGAAGCGCAUGGCGCAAGAAGCAGACGCCAUGAAUCUGGCCAACGAACCUGCCUCGAGAUGA